GAGGCAGGUACAGCCAGGUCCAAACAGGGCCGAGAUCCAGUCGAGACUCCCACCUUCCUAAACCGGCCAUCACCUGGUUGCCGGCCAAUUUUUCAACUUGCAUUUUUCUACCAUUUUCGUUCCAAAUCCUUUCGAGGCAUAUAUCUUGCGCAUCAACAUAUAUCUGCCUUUUGUUCCCGUUCCCCGUCCUCGUUGUUCUGCCGCCUUCACCAUUAUUGGGCACUCGACCCACCGCAACCAACCCAACUUAGUGGGCAAUCCGCCACCGUUAUUACCAACAGCGACCGCCUAAUUCCACUGGACGAGUACGCUCUCGACCUCCAAAAACUGCCAUGGCGCGCCCUCGAUCGCCGUCUGCAGACCAAUCAGACACUGUAUCCUUGUUGAAGCGGCUCAAGACCCAACAUCCCAAUAACGGAACUGCAAUUGAGGACCCAGUUUCUGCCUUUGCGACGGAUCUCUUCGACCAUGCCAAUAUAUCGAGACUUCACACCUCCUACCUCGAGAGCUCCCCGUUUCACUACGCCAUGGUCGAGAAGCUUUUCCAGGACGACCUGCUCAAGAAUGUCAAGGAUGAGUGUCUUAGCGAGCUGAGCUUCACAGAGAAGGAGACUGACAUUUACAAGGUAAAUCAGACUGGGGACCUUGCUUCGCUCAAUUACCUUACCUCCUCUCAAAUCUCCCUCCUACCUAAUCUCCUCAGACUCCGCGAUGCGCUCUACUCUAAUGCAUUUCGUUCUUUCCUUCGAACCGUCACUGGCUGCGGGCCUCUGUCCGGUAAGAAGCAGGACAUGUCGGUCAAUUCGUACACGAAAGGCUGCCAUCUCCUCAAUCAUGACGAUGUCAUUGGCAGCCGACGCGUUUCCUACAUUCUGUACAUGCCCCUGCCCAACUACCAACUCUGGCAGAAGGACUGGGGAGGCGCUCUUGAACUCUAUCCCGUCAAGGAAUCUGCUGAUGGCAACCUGGAACCGCUGCCUGUACCGGGGAAAAUGAUCCCACCAAGUUGGAAUCAGUUCAUCUUCUUCGAGGUCCAGCCCGGUCGCAGCUUCCAUUCUGUCGAAGAAGUUGUCGUUGGCGGAGAAGGCGAGGAUGGCAGGGAGCGCUUGAGCAUUAGCGGCUGGUUCCAUGCUGCCCAGGAGGGUGAGGAAGGCUAUGAUCCCAAACUACUCACUGCUGAGGGCAAGAGCUCACGAGAGCAGUUGGCUUCUACCUCUACCAUCUUUAGACCGUACACAGACACACCGACAUCCUCACCGCUGCCUGACGGACUUCCUCAGCUAACAGACCAACCGUUAUCCGAGGAACACAUAUCUUUCCUUCGUGAAUAUCUCAACCCCGUCUACCUCCAGUCUCGCACCAUGAAAGCCCUCGCCUCUCGUUUCGUCGAAGAGUCGUCGUUGGAAUUGCACUCUUUCCUUAAGAAUGAUCUCGCCGAAGCCCUCGAGCCACGUCUACGGGAUCUUGAUGCGACGGACGGCCUUGGUCCCGAACGAAUGGGGCGCGUCCCACCACACUCCUCUGGUGUCAACCUCCCGGCGUCGUCGAACCCAACGACACAUAUGCCCCAUGGGGCCACCAAUGGCCAAGCACCGCUCGUUGCCGAAUCCAAUAGCGCCUGGACCGUCAAAGGACCUCCGCACAAGUGGCGGUACUGCACUCUUCUCCCGCCCUCUCCCUCUGCUCCUGUUACGUCCGUCACCCCACUCUCCGCCCAUCCUUCACCGUCUGAGAUCCUCAGGGUCCUCCAAGAUGAAUUGUUCCCGUCCCAGGCUUUGCGAGCGUGGAUGGCAAGCGUGACUAAACUUCUCCCGUUGAGACAUAAUGUCGAAGCGAGGCGGUUUAGGCCCGGGUUAGAUUAUACGCUUGCGACGAGCGAGGAAAACGAGGCUAGAUUGGAUGUGGUGCUUGGACUGACGCCCGAGUCAUUGGAAAACGAAGAUGAUGACAUGAGAGGAAGGGUUGGCAAAGGAAGAGGGAAGGAGCUUCGUGGGUGGGCCGCUAGCCAGUGGGGUGGUUGGGAGUGCUACAUGGCUCCACAUAAUGAAGAGGACGACCCGGCCGUUUAUCGUGCCGGCACGUACAAAAAGUCGGCUGUUCUUAAUGGGACCGCUUGGACGAUAGACUCGAGCGGCGCUGGGAACGGUUCUACCAACACUAACGGUGGCUCGGCGGCAGCAACAGCAGCCAAUGGCAAUGGAGGACAAAGCCCGGCUAACAACGGUAGUCCGAAUGGGAAACAUGGUAGCCCCGAUCCAAUUCCAAUGGAUGCUGACGAGAGUGGGCCCCCAGAGGAUGAAGAGGACGAAGAUGAGGAAGACAGUACACUACUGACAGUGCAGCCUGGAUUUAACCGCCUGCUACUGGUUUUGAGGGACGAGCGUGUAAUGCGAUUCGUCAAGUAUGUGUCGGCUGCUGCGGAUGGCUCACGAUGGGAUGUAUGUGGUGAGUAUGAGGUUGGGGUGGUUCAGGAGGAGGCAGAGAUGGAGGAAGCUGAUUGACUGACUGAUUUUUCCCCUUGCAUUCUUUCGUUGGUACUCGGUUGUUAUAUGUGUAUUCCAUCUGCUCAGUCUAUCUCUUACGUUCCCAUCCAUCUGGUUUUCUAUGCUUGCAUUAUUUUAUAUCACUCCUCUCUGCAGACACGCUCUUUGUUGUUGUUCUCCCCAUCUUACAUAGUUCGUAAUCCUCAGGUCGCCGCACGCCGUCUGAUUAGAAACGAAUGAAUGAAAAUGAUAAUGAUCAUCUAUGAUAUGAAAUGAU